UUAGGGUGAAACACAUUUAAUACCUUGAAGGUUAGUCCUCCUCCUCUUCAGCCUUCAAAAUAGAUUCUCUCAGGAGUAAGGUUGAACUGCUGCAGCUGCCGCUGGCGCUAUCCUCUAAAUCUAUCUCAGAGCGCAAAACUCAACUGCGCAGAGCAACAGAACGUUCCAGGGGCGGAGCUGAGGUCCACAAACCCCAGGCACUGGCCCCAGACAUGGACAACGAGUCACAGUACUCAGGCUACUCCUACAAGUCCUCCCAUUCCCGUAGCUCUCGCAAGCACAGGGAUCGGAGAGACAGGCACCGCUCUAAGAGCAGGGACAGCAGAGGGGACAAAUCGGUCACUAUCCAGGCUCCUGGAGAGGCCCUGCUGGACACAGAGUCCACACGUGGAGAUGAUCGAGUCCGUGUUUUCACUUCAUACCUCGUCCAGCCUGGAAAACCAUUCCACUAUAGCUUCAGACCAUAAAAAGUCUAUAGUGCUUCAAAAUAUGAAUGAUUGACUUUUUUUUUUUUUUUUUUUU